ACAAACGAAAGUAUAGUUGUUUAAAUUCCGAAAAUGAGAACACUCUCCCUCGUAGACUGUUUAGAACUCAAGUUCACCGGCUCCAUAUUGAAGGAGGCGUUAUGUUUUGGCGACGUUGAUAAUGACGGAGUGUCUGAAUUCGUCGUGGGAAACUCGGACGGGGAACUUUUUAUCUUCAAGUUUGAUAAGUGUAUUUGUCGUGCGUUCGAUCUCGGCUGCAUUGCUGCCGUCGCGGUCGGCGACUUGCUCAAUAUUGGAAGAAACUUUACCGUCGUAAUUACAACGGAGGGAUAUUGUCACGUGUUUGAUGUGGAGGAUGAGUUAAAGAGUCCUCCGGAGGUUGUGGUCACAGGGUCGGCGUUGGGGGAUUCUACAGCCAAGAAUGGCGUGGGUGGGGAUGGACUUCGAGUUAUUCAACAGUUUCACUCUCAGCGGAUCGUGGCGAAUACGAAGGCGAUAUUUUUAGCGGAUGUGGAUGACGAUGGGAUGAUUGAGCUCGUCUGUGGAUUGACUGAUAGGGUGUUGAGGACGUAUAAGUGGAAUCCAAACCCGAUACUCAUCGCUCCGACUGAGUUGGUUGAAGGUCAGCAGGAAAACCCGACCUUUCCACAUCCUGCAUACGAAGGGAGGGUUCAGGCGAUCAAUAAAUGGGAGUUGACGAACCAAAUAGGCUCCAUCGCCCCCCACGCUCAAGGCAACCUGGUCUCCAUUAUCAUCGGGACGGGAGGUGGGACAGUGACGAGAAUCACGGAAGUCAGGGACCCCUCUAGAAUUAGAGAGGACAUGACUUCUUCCAGCUCCACGAAUCCUCCCACAGAGAUUUUCGGCUCGGUAGGGUGUCGCCUCGAGAUGAAGGACUCAAUCAGCACGACUGAACUACAAAAGCAAAAUGUCGGGGGUAGUGACGACCAGCCAGGGCUGAAUACGAUCUACUCUGAAAAUAUUUCAAUUAAAAGAUAUGCUUUAAACUCCUCGCGGAUGCGGAAUCAAAAUAUAUCGACGCAUGUGGCUGGCAAUAUUGCAUCGCAUGAUGGAACUGAUAGGGACAGUUAUGCGGUUGGAACUUGGGACGGAACGGUUAUGAUUUGCAAAGAUGACAUGAUUGAAUGGAAUCUUCAGCUUAACAAACCUGUCAUGACGGUCCAAUCUUUCAUGGGAAGUGCGAUAUUUGUCGAUAUGGAAGGACCAACCUAUCUCAUAAAUCGAAGGAUAGAUUCCAAAAUGCAGAAUUGUAUCUUGCGAUUCUAUUUUGAAGAACAAGUAGCUGCAUUUCGGGUCGGAUUAUACGGGAUGCGUCGCACGGGUGGGAGUUCGACGCCGACGAACAAUGACAUUGGGAGUGAGAAUGAAAUUCAAAAUCACAAGUGCUUCGUCUAUGUAACGUUUCAAGGAGACAUUUACAUUUACCCAAACGAAUUUUUGUAAAAUUUGGCAGAAAUAAAAUAGUCAUUAUGUCCUAAUCAUAAAAAUGAUUUGGAACUGAUUGAGAUACAUU